AUGGGUCAACGCCAUCAAAUCUGGCUCAUAGCCAAGGUCGUACCUCGCGAUUCUACCGACAACAAAGCCUACUACCGUUCUCUUGGUGGCUUUCACAACCAAUGUUGCUACGGUCGUUUACCACCGCGUGCUGUACGCCGCUUCAUCGAUCUCGCCAAGCAAAAGGACAACGCUGAGAUCAUACAAAUCGAACUCGAUGGAGUGCAGAAGAAAUAUAGUAGAGAUGCCGGCGAAGGGGAGAUGCCAGUAUCUCCUUGUCCUUACACACAAUUCUUGCUCGGACUCAGCUGUUGCGUCGACUUGGAUUCAACCCCGGAGACGUAUGUCUCAGGACCUACUUACGACGGGUAUCGUGUACCAGCCACCUUGCGUGGCCCCGACGAUGGUAUAUCUGUCAUUGAUGUCACCGAUCCCAUGAAUCCAUCGUACUGCCAUAUCCUAUCGCAUAGCCCACUCAACGCCGGGCAAUACAUCGGAAGAUAUUACGGCUCCCUCAGGGCCGGGGCAACCUCUGAAGAGCAGGAAAUGUACAUGAAGCUGAAAAAGCAUAUCGAAACCGUAAUCGCCUCUCUUGAUGGUGUGGGGGUGGUUACGACGGAAAUGCUCGCAGAAGCCUGGCCCGGGGAGUACAACCCCCGCAAGGGCUCGAAACAAUUGGACGAAGUGGCAGAUCCCUCAGACGAAAUCGCCGUCGCCGAGGAUAACAUCGUUCCACAAUUGGCCGACCUUAUUGUGGGACCUGCAGUCAAGCAGUCCAUCGCUCAGGGUAAUUUCGAUGAAUUGGAGAAACUCGUCUGGAUACCGGAGAAGGCCAAGUUAAUCAAAGCAGCGCUGCGAGAAAUCGAUCCCUUUCCUGACGCUGCUAUCCCAUUACUCCGCCGUGUCUGUGAAGUCGAGUCCCAAACCAACGAGAAAGAACUCGAUCUAACCGGCCUUCCUCUCUCCUCCGACCAAAUCCUUGAAUUCGUCUCUCAGCGCGGUGACAUACAACGGCUUAGACUCUCGAAUAUGCCCUAUGUCACCAUAGACACUGUGCGCAAGCUGUUGACCUUGGUGCCACCGAUUUCGCAUCUUAACCUCCUUGGUACGCCGAUCGCGGAUGAAGCCAUCUUCGAACUGUUAUCCAAGGAGCCCAAGCUCUUCUACCAUGUGGAGGCUCUCGUCCAUCCCGCUCUGCUUAGAUACGACGCAACUGCUUCAUACAAGGCUGCAUUCACCUUCCCCGGCGUUUUAUGCCCCCUUGUGGGUGGCUGCCCCGCGGUGCCGUUCUUCACCCCACAGAAAGUCGUCCAGAUGUUCUUCGAUUUCGCUACUGGGAUGUACAGGAAGGGGAGGGCUAUACCGGGCGUUGGGUUCUAUGUUGGGCCACGGGGUUCGACCAUGCUCGCCACGGCUUGCCUUGCAUCUGAUCGAGCGCAAGGUCAGAAAUUCGGCGAGAGAUCCGUGCCCAUCUUCCCUCUAUUCUGCAAAGGGUAUUUGGAUGGAGAGGGAUGGGCAUUGCUCGUGUCAGAAACGGCGUAUUCAUUCUGCCGCCUGUUGAAAGGAGAGGCCGGGGCAGCAGACAUGGAACUUCUGGAUCUCGACGGAUUUCUUGCCGCGAUGGAAGCCGAGGGACGACCUGCCCCUCUGCCAGCCUCUGUCUCAGAAUUGAAGGGGCUCGUUGCUGAAAUAGGGCUCGAGAUAAUGGACAAGAAGGAGGCAGGGUAUUCCUUGCAAAUGCUCAAGCGAGACGUUACCUUAUACCACUCGAUGUGA